GGAAAAAUGCGCUUGCCUGCCUUCGGUUUUCGUCGGGUAGCGAGAUCGGGUCGCCGCUUCGCUGACACGACGUCGCUUUUUUCCGCGUACACCUCUACUCUGCGCGCACAAUUUGUCUGUCCUACUAGUCGUGGUUGAUCUGCCGCGCGAAAAGAAUAUCUACCACCAGUAGUAGCAUAGUUACUACACGCUGUUCACUUUACUAACGACUUAUUAUAACUUAUAAUUUUUUUUUCGCGAUUAUUUCAGUGAUUAUUAUAGUGAUUCGGAAUAAACAGUGAUUUGACUUUUUUUUAAAAGACUUAAUGACUUGAUUAAUUAGUGUCGGUGUGUUGAGAAGCUGUUGACUGUUAUACAGUGGAUGGACGCGGAAUUGUUGUCAUGUGUCCUCGGCUAGGCGGAAGGCAUUGAGGCGGCAGUGGACGGGACACUAUGUCCCAGUUUGGAUUUCGAGCAUCGCCCAGUACUCAAAGCGCAGUAUCGUCGGGACCUUCCCAAUCCACCCCACCACCCUCAGGCAUGGCUGUGACGUCAUCGGCCCCCACCCCCGGCACGCCGCCCUCGGCCGCCCAAAGAUGCUGUGAUACCGGUCGUCCCAUUUUUACCGACCCCAUUACCGGACAGACUGUAUGUUCCUGUCAGUACGAGCUGCUCGGCUACCAGAGAUUAGCAGGUGCAGGCGUUCCAGGGUUGCCAGCUUUAAGUAUGUACAGCGCACCCUAUCCCGAAGGAAUGGCAGCUUAUUUUCCAGCUCUGGGAGCUGACCAAGCCCCAUUCUACACCACCACCGCUGCAGGAUUGGAAUUAAAGGAAAACCUAGCAGCAGGAGCCGCAGGAUGGCCUUAUCCUUCCGUAUACCACCCCUAUGAUGCCGCAUUUGCUGGCUAUCCAUUCAAUGGAUACGGAAUGGACCUUAAUGGUGCCAGGAGAAAAAACGCUACAAGGGAAACAACGAGUACCUUGAAAGCGUGGUUGAACGAGCACAAAAAGAACCCUUACCCAACCAAAGGAGAGAAAAUAAUGUUGGCUAUCAUCACCAAGAUGACUCUCACUCAGGUGUCUACAUGGUUUGCAAACGCGAGAAGAAGGCUGAAGAAGGAGAAUAAAAUGACUUGGGAGCCAAGAAAUCGGGUUGAAGAUGACGAUAAUAACAACGACGAUGAUGACCAAGAUAGGAAAAGCACUGAUGGUAAAGACCUACUAGAUUCCAAAGACUCCGGCACAGCAUCCAGCGAGGACGGCGAUAGGCAACCCCAUUCCCGCCUAGCCCCCGACACUGCAUCAGAAUGGAGCGAAUCCCGACCGGAUAGUGGUCCAGAUAGUCCAGAAAUAUACGAACGACCUCCCCACCCCGCCUUCCUGCCCCCUAGAACCUCAGGGGGCAGUCCCCCUCCCCAAAUCAGUCAAAGUCCCGUCACUACCAAGCCGCGCAUUUGGUCUUUGGCGGAUAUGGCUUCGAAAGAGAGCAAUGAAGUGUCUCCUGGCAGUACCAUGUAUUCUACGGCUUCAAGUAGGCUGAUGGGGUCGUUAGGGACACGAUUACCUCCUCCAGGACUUCAUACAGCACCGUAUGCCAGACCUCAUGACUUUUACAGGAGUCUGUACGGUCCUCAACAUCUUAUGGCGUCACAGGGGAGUUCUCCAGAUGCGAGUUUACUGGAGACGUACCAGAGGACGCUGGCAGCGCAACAGAAUGCUGUUAAAACGAGUCUUUCGAGCAGCAGUUCGUCAAGUACCGGUAACCCUUUAGCUAGUUCUUCAGCUUUAAGUAUUUCGACGUCCUCCAGUGGGGGACUUCCUCUAGGACUAACGCAUCCUAGUAGAAUGUCACCGUCCUCAACGACAAGUUCUUUGAGUUCUGCGGGUGGUGAAAGUCCACUUAAACCGAUAGCUUUGAAUAAAGUUUGAUGUUAACGAAC